UGAUUUAUUUUAUUCAGAAUAAGGUCGUAUACUUGGAGCCAUGUAAUAGGAAAUCCAGUUUAUUGUUACUAAAGAAAAAGUUUGACUAUUUUAGUUUUGCAAUUUAAAAUAAAUAAAUAAAUAAAUAAAUAAAUAAAUAAAGUUAGAAAUGAUUCUCAGUCAACAGUUCUAAAAGUUAUUAAUGCUAUUUUCAUUUUGAACCACUUCCUUUUCAGCAACAAAGAUUUUACUUUUAAUCUGAUCUGUAAUUUCCUCUCCUGAAUACAUAAACUACAUGUAGAUUAAGUGCAAUUUAGCAAGUUAGUGUAAUAUUAACCACCAUUAAAAAAACCAUUAUGAAAAGAGCUUUCUGCAGUAAUGGACGGGUGCAUUUUGGAAGGUGGACUGCUCUCCUCACUAAUUGCAGCAGGUGUGCAGCUGAUUGUUGCAGUCAGGGAACCUGCAGCUGCUGCUCUCUAAUGUAAUUUUUUUGCCCAUACUUUGGCUGAUUUUCAACACUUUUUUCUUCUUCUGUUGAGACUUAUGAUUUACUGGCACUGAUGUCUCUGUGAAGARCCAUGUUCCCAGCACUUAACCUCUCGACCUCCAACGUGUCAGAUGUUGACUGUCAGAGGCUGCAGGAGCUGAACCACCGCUCCAUCAAAGUCUGCAUCAUCAUCGUCCUGGGAGUGAUGAUCACUUUGGGCAACGUYGCGGUUCUCCUGGUUAUUUCCUCCUCCGUGGCUGGCUGGUCGAGGAACUCCCGGUACUUCCUCCUGUCUCUCACCGCCGCGGACUCCGCGUUCGGGCUGCUGGUCAUGCCCCUGAACCUCUGGGUGAGUCUGUUGAAGGACUACACCGAGGGCCCAGACGCUCUCUGUCACGUCGUGGCUUUCUGCAACGCCACGGUCUACUCCACCUGCAUGUACACCCUGGCCACGAUCAGCCUGGAGCGGUACGUGGCGGUGUUCUACCCGCUCCAGUACUCGGCCCUGAUGACGCGGAGGAGGACGCUGCUCCUCAUCGCCUUCGCCUGGUGCUUCCCCCUCGCGCUGCUGUCGCCAAUCUCGUUCCCGGGCGGCAUCAUCGAGGUCCACUUCUCCACCGCGUCCCUGGUCUGCAACCCGUCCUACUCCACGAACGUGGCCUACUCCCUGAGCCUGACUUGCUUGAUCUUUUUCCCGUGCUCCGCGGUCAUGACGUACGCAAACCUGCGGGUGUGGUGCGCAGCCAAGAGGCAGAGGCUGAAGCUGCGCAGGUACGGCUGUGCGCUGCGCAGCCGGCACAACGUGGCAGCGAGGGUGCUCGUUCCUGUGAUGGCAGCUUACUACACCUGUUGGACCCCCUGCAUGGCUGCUAUGAUCUACAAUGCCGUCUCGGGUAGCUCCGUGCCAGAGUGGGUUGAGUUUGUCGUGGUGUGGCUGCCGACCUCCAACGGUUUCCUCAACUGCAUCUUCUACUUCUGGAUAAACCGAAACUUCCGCAGGAAGUUUCAUUUCGUCCUGCAGAGGCUGGCUCUGGCUCUGUGUCCUGAAUUGGCCGACUCACUCGGGUGGAGUAACAGUUCAACGCAGUUUGUGUCGGAUGUUUUGGUUGACGGGGUCCACGGACGCUCCUCCAGCGUGUCGUCCACCUGCACCUUACUGAGCUUGGCUUAAGAGUAUCUGUGSCCAGAAAACACUACAAGAAUGACAGAUAACAUGGCCAGUGACCUAUAUGUUGUCUGGGUGUUCUUGACAGCCAUGCCCCUGUUGUUGACAUUUCAUCCAUGUGUGGUAUUAAAGGUACUGGGUUUGCAGUGUAAAUGGUUUAAAAGUCAGACAGGUUCUGAUGACAUGCAUUCAAAACAGGGAAAAUGUACAUUAUGCAUCAUGUGUUGUAUCAAUCACCUAUUUUAUUUUUUAACAAAUUUCAAUCGAAAUUUAGUGUUCAGUUUGUGUUUUUUUACUCAUUGAAACACUGUAACCAGGAUUUGGUUUCUAAUUCAAGACGGCCUCUUAAACCACAUUUUUUUAGUUGUUUUAUAAGUCACCAUCAACCUUUUGUAAUCCAAUCUGCCUGUCAUCAUUCUGCAAACAAAUUAUUUAUUAUAACAUCAGCCUAAUUAGACCUGCUGCUUCGGUCGACAAAUUUAAUUUGUUUAAUUGACACGACUGAUAUUUAGGCUCUUUUUACCAUUUGGGAUAUUUGCGAGCACUGCAAACWGAUUUUAAGCACUUUGAACAACUGAGACCACCAAACUCUUCUUCUGUUUAAACUGUUUGUCAAAGACUUUGGCAUAUAGCAGCUAAAAGAAGGUAACCUUUAAGUCACAGCAUUUCAGUGCAUGUGAGGAGAAAAGUAAUUAAGCACCUGGGCUGCAGAAAGGUCACCACGUUUGUAUGAGGAAGAGAUAAGUUGUGCGGGGAAGAUCUCUGACUUUGUGUUACACACGCACAGAAACAGCUCCAGGAGGAAACUCUUUGCCUUUAGUUYGUUUCUAAAUUCAUAAUAAAACUAUGCAUUUUAGCUUGAAUGCCUUAUGCCGUGGAGACGGUUGGUUUAGAAUUAGCUAAAGGGUGAACAUUUCUCAAAUCGUUGUUAAAUCUGCUUGGUAUUGCUAUCAGUUUCAAGAAAAAAAGGGAUGAAACAAAUAAUUAACCUAAUAAUAAUCUUUGUUUGUACAUAUGUUUAUAAAUUAUAACAGUAAAAGACAAUUGUAUCAAAUUUGUAAAUAAUCUGUGAAAUAAAGCAUAAUGCCUUUUUGUAUUCUA